AUGUGUUGGAACUCGAAACUGAAAACACAAGCACCAUGCACUUCAAAGCAACUCCAAACUAGAGGCAACCAAGGAGUUAAGCUUGUAGAGGAUGCCAACAACAAUAAUCUUCAAGAAAAUUAUCCUUGGUUGUGGCUUGGUCAUGAGAGUGGCAGCCCCCAUUUGGUAAAUCUAGAGGACAGUGACAUGGGAAGUCAACAACUUGGACGAAGGAUAAUGAAAGAAUAUGGAGCCACCAAGCAGAAUGUUUACUCUUGA